GAGGAGAAGGAGGCGGCUCCAUCCCAAGGCAGCAGGAGGGGUGCGAGGUGACCGGGACAGACCCCGUCCUCUCGGCUCCCUCCCUCCAGUGUGGUGCCUGCGGACGAGGACACUGCAUGAGCAGCAGGGACAUGGCGCUGCGGCUGGUGAUGGGUGCGUGGCUGAUGCUGGUGGUGGCCCCGGUGCACUCAGCAGCCCCCCGGCACGUUGCGGUGCUGCCCGAUGCUGGGGGCAGUGGGGACGGUGAGGAGGUCUCUGCCGCGCCACCCAUCCUCUAUGUGACACCGGGGACCGGGCCGACGGCGGGGGACGUGCUGGGGACCACGGUCACCAACAGCUCGGCACCGGGCGGCGUGCUGGACAGGCUGGUGGACUUCUUCAAGGAGUACAUGCUGCUGGUGGUGGUGGUGGGCUCGCUGGCCUUCGUCCUCCUCUUCAUCAUCUGCGCCGCCGUCAUCGUCCGGCAGAAGCACAAGGCGUCCGCGUAUUACCCCUCCUCCUUCCCCAAGCAGAAGUACGUGGAUGAGCGGGACAAGGUGGGGGGACCCCGCGCUUUCAGUGAGGUGCCCGAUAAAGACCCCGGCGCUGAGGAGCAGCUCGACUGCGGGCAGCAAUUGCAGGCAGACAUCCUCGCUGCAGCCCAGAGCCUCAAAUCCCCCCCCAAGGCACCGCUGCCCAACGGGGGCCAGGGGGAGAAGAGCCCUCCCCAUAAGGAGGAAGAGGAAGGAAGCAAGAAGAUGAGCGAUGAGCAGCCCCCUCCCCAAAAUCCAUGCGCUGAGGAAGCGGCGGGUGCAACGGAGGGAGCCCCUGAUGCACCCCAGGGUGGUCCCACAGCCCCCCCUGGUAUCUAGGGCAGGGACCCGGUCCCGGGUGAUCCCGAGGAGGCGCCGGCUCGUGGGAUCCCCAUGGACACGCGAUGGACAUGGUGGUGCGUUGUUGCUCCGUAUGUACGUGGUGGCUCGAGGAAGCCCCGAUGAAGCCCCCGCUCCCCACCUGACCCCUGAGCAAAGCCCUGGGGGUCUCUGGUGCUUCUCCAUCAGCCCCAUUGCUCUGGCUGCCCAAGGGGCUUUCCCCCCCCAGCUCCAGCUCAUUCCCCUCCCUGAGCUCUCUCCUAAACGUUAUUUUAUUAACCAGCAGCAUCCUGGUGUGAGCCAGGAGCUAAUCCCUCCGGAUGGAGGCGCGGGACCAUGGCUGGGGGGGUCUGUGCAGCUCCCUCUGUACCCCCCGGGAGCAGGACAGGGGCUCACCGUGAUCCAUGGGCACCACGGGCUGGCUUUGCUGAUGGCUGUGGCCACCCUCGCCCAGCUAAAGGGAGAGGACAUCGCGGUAAGAACCCCCCCCUUGGUUUUGGUGUCCCAACGCUGCGGCCUGAGGGCAGCCCAGAGCCCAGCUGGACUUUCGCCUUGUCUCCUUAACCCCUUCAGCUAACAAUAAAGACCUUUCCUGCGCA